CCGCGCUCACUUUUCAGCUACAGGCGAAGGGGGCUGAGGAAAGGAGGUGGGUACAAGUAGGGGAAGUUGGGGUGCCACCAGACGGAGACAACUUGGACAACCAGGUAAUAAUUUCAAGAUGCCAGGACGUUCCAGUUCAAAUUCAGGUUCAACUGGUUUCAUCUCCUUCAGCGGUGUAGAGUCUGCUCUCUCCUCCUUGAAAAACUUCCAAGCCUGUAUCAACUCUGGUAUGGACACAGCUUCUAGUGUGGCUUUGGAUCUUGUGGGAAGUCAGACUGAAGUGAGUAGUGAAUAUAGUAUGGACAAGGCAAUGGUUGAAUUUGCUACAAUGGAUCGGCAACUAAACCAUUAUGUAAAGGCUGUUCAAUCUACAAUAAAUCAUGUAAAAGAAGAACGUCCAGAAAAAAUACCAGAUUUAAAAUUAUUGGUGGAGAAGAAAUUUUUGGCUUUACAGAACAAGAAUUCUGAUGCAGACUUUCAAAAUAAUGAAAAAUUUGUACAAUUUAAACAACAGCUGAAAGAACUAAAGAAGCAAUCAGUGAAAACUAAAGAAGAUGGAAGACACAGUGAUUUCAACAAGAUUAAGGAUAAGAAUGCAAGUAGAGCAGGCAGUGAACGAGGUUAUAGAAACUUUUUAUUCCAUUUCCGUCUAUCUGUCUUUCCUCAAAACAGUCCCAAUGGCAUUUCAAAGGGUUUCAAGUUCCAUGUAAAUUAUAGAAAAAAAUAAAGCACAAGUUCUCUGUGACAUGUUCAACUUAUCUAUGAAUAUAACGGAACUGAAACCAUAUUUCAAUAAAUUAUUAACAGCAAUCCCUUGCCAAGAAGGAUAUCAGCAUAGAUAGCAGGGCAAACCCAUUAUAACUCUUAAGCGAAUCCUGGAAUUUUAAAAAAAAUGAAUGGUGUAUCAAAUAGGUGCACUGUUAGCUGGGACUUCGUUAAACAGCAUUUUUUUUUUCUUUUCUUUCCUGUGCCUCCCCCUUUCCCACCAGCUCCCAGCCAGAAUAAUUGAUAACUAAAUCUCACCAUGAAUUUAUUGGGAAUUUACCCACAAUAGUUCUCCAUUUGUUUUAAGAUUUAAAAUAAUAUAUUUUUAAAUAGUAGAUUAAGACUUUACAUAAAUUUCAGAUAGGAUAAGUAAAUACAGAACCUUGAAAAGACUUAUUUUUUACAAACUUCCUUAAAAAUUCUUAUUUAAUUGUUCUGACAAUCACAGUUUUGUUUAUGUAUACAAUUGGAGUUCUGCAGUAAGACACUGUGGGAUUAUUAGUGCAUAUAUCAAAAUCAUGAGGCUCCUGUUCCUGUACAUUAUUACAGAGCUGUUCUCAUAUAUUGAUGUUUAAUGAUACGGGGCCAAAUUGUUAUUCAAAUAAUUGCAGACCAUUCCUGAUUAUUUAGAUUCUGAUUAACCAGUCAAUGACUUAUUCCCUUUGAGAAAAUUUCCCACCCUCUGACUUUCCUUUGAUGUUAAUGAGGAAGAGGGUCCAGUUUUCAUCCCUAUUGGCAAGGUUGGUUUCAUGGACUGAGCCACCUUAGAUGUAAGAUCAGUAGCUACUCUGUAGACUUUAUGGUAAAGGAAGUUAGGCUAGGUUGCAUCAGAACACUCAAAAUCAAGCCUGUCACCAUAUUUGAGAAGAAACUCACAGUAUUUUAUAUACCUUAGUGGAUUUGAAACAACAUCUUAUGAUAUAAAAAAUUAGCAUUUUAAAAAUCAGGCGGGGCACUGUGGGUCACUCCUGUAAUCCCAACACUUGGGGAG